AUGUUUAUGCUAGCUACCCUCUCACCUGCCUUCAUCGGCGUCAUGUCGUUCUGGGCGAUAUCCUAUACGGCGCACUUCUUUGCCCCCGAUUGGUUGACCUAUAGCGAGGACCAGGAUGUCGAUUAUUAUACAUUCGGCUUCCUGGGCCUCUACCUGGGUCUGUAUACCCUGAUGGUGGCCGUGCACUACUUCCGCAAAUGGGUGGGUCCAAUCUACAACCUGUGGACUGCUAUGGGUGUGUGUAUCAUGAUCAACAUUCUCCUUGCAGUGUCGGUGAGCAUCAUGCUUCAAGAUAUCGUCACGAUUGUGAUUAUUGUCAUGGGCAUGGGUAUGCCCAUCCUCCUCGCCGCGCUGCACGACUGGUCCGUACUCUUCCUGGUGCUCAUUAAUCUGCUACCUUACCUGCUCAUGAUCCCCACGUUUGUCGGCGGGUUCAGCGCGUACGCUUCGGCCCGGAUCUGGGAUCUCUCGUGGGGCAAUCGACCUACCGAGGCUAAG